UCUCAAUGGUACAAACUUUCUUUUUAGUUGAAAAUCUUUUGAUUGGGAUGUUACGAUGUAAGUUAACAGGAAGCGGAUCGUCAUCUAACAGUCUUUAUAAAGUCUAUAAGCCGGGCGUCAUUUCUUAUAAACGUUGGAAUGGAAACUUAAUGUCUGAUUGUCGUAAGGCACUUUAAAAGGGGUAUAAAAGAACUCAAAAAGCGGAAAGAAGAAGCAAGCGCCCGGAUAAAAGUAGGACGAAAACUGGGUGGACCUAGUUACUCAACUUCUUAUAUUAAUAGUGUAGUGCCUUGGCCGAGGUUUCAUGUUUGGCAUUAUGGCGGCGCCUUCCAUGGUCAGUCGAAGUGGGGAUAACUUAGUGGUGCGGAGUGUCGUGAGUGGGGACGCCCUGUUCGGCACGGAAGACAAACAAGAAGAGGAGUUCCAACUGUUCGACACCUCCAACAGCGGUGAAGAAGACCACGGAGGGGAGCUUCCCCAGUGUAAAAUCAAACGCAACUACACCUGCGGGCUCUGCGACUAUUACACGCAGAACCCCAGGUUUUACCUUUAUCACCAGAAGCACGUCCACAAAGAGAAGAUAAGGAUAUACGAGUGCCCCAACUGCCUAUACGCUUCGAAACACAGUCAGAAGCUACAACGUCACAUGCAUAUGGUGCAUGUGAUGGGGGCUGGCAAAAGGAAAAUUUUAAAAGCGAAAGCGAAACCUAAGUCACAAACUAAACAAACGGCGGCACCGGCGCAGUCACAGCAGGAGCCGACUCCGCCGACUAGUCACGCCGUUUUCGGCAACGAUCAAGAAGACGACCAGGAGCCGAUUUACGCAGACGACGGCACACCGGUGUACAAAUGUUCCGUCUGCGACAUGACGUCCAAGAGUCAAGGCCUCAUCGCGAGGCACGAGAGAGUCGUCCAUCUCAAAAGGAAAUUCUACCACUGCGGCAAAUGCAAUUACGUCACCCAUUUAAAGGCCCGAUACACGAAACACGUCAAGUACCAUUCGAUGCCCAUGAUAAAAUGCGACCUCUGCGAUUUCAAGACACCCUACAAGUGGAACUUGGACAGACACAAUAAAAACCACUUGGGCGACGGCCUGUUCAAGUGUUCCAUCUGCAACUUCGCCGCGGACAUCAAGCAGAGCCUCACCGUACACGAGAUGAACCACCACAUCCCACCCGUCGGCCAUAUUGUCGCCGCCCAAAGAAGACGAUUGAAAGUCGGCGCAUCCGACACGAUGGGCCUCGUCACAGAAGAAGACCAGAUCGAACAGGGGGAACUCGAACUUCUCAAGAUGGAACGGGAAGGUGCAUUCGAACAGAACCCUGCUGAUUUUGUUCAGACUCAACUUGACUUCCCAUGUGAAUUCUACAACUACCCUGGUCCGGAGAAUGCAAAAACUGUAUUUUUGAAAGAACCCGACCACAUGAGUAGCAAUGAGGAUUUAGGAAGUAACAAGUUAAUUCAAAUUAAAAAGUACAACUGCAGGCUAUGCGAUUUCAAAGGUAAUUUAGGCGAGGUUCAAAGGCAUGAAACGGGAGUGCACAGGAUUAAAUCGAUACUCGACAGCCCCAAGAAGAAAUCAGCUCGGCCGAUACCUAAUCUGAUACCAAUCCAAGGCCAGUUGAAAUCCCCUUCGGAAAAGAAGCAGUUGAACGAAGAAAACCUGAAUAAUAUUUCUCACAACAGUUCAUUGAAAGAUUUUGCGUCCUUGAUUGGAGACGAGUUCAGUACGGCAGAUAGUUCCUUAGAAAAUUCGACAAAUCUCAGUGAGUCAGAUAAAAAGUUACCUGAGGUGUUUAAAAGAAAAAAUGCCUCGUUUUUUGAUAAACUAAAAGAAAAACUGAUGACCAGUGCAAAUGAAAGCAAUCUAACUUGUUCCUAUUGUGGUCACGAAGCCAAAUGUCUUUCUGAACAUAUGAAACAUCAAAGAACACACAUGCAGGGUGAUGUCGAUGAACAGAGCGAGAAUAGUAGAGAGUCACGACAUCACUCGCCUGAACUUUCAUCUACAAGGUGUCCACACUGCCGACAUAGAUUUAAAUUGAGUGCAGAUUUGGUCACACACUUACAAGCGUGCCCUGAAGCUAACAAUCAAGCAGUCAAAAUAAAAAUAGAACAGGAAGACGAGGAGGAGGAAGAGGAAGAGGAAGAAAAUGAACAUGACGAAAACGAACAAGAAGACAAUCAGGGUACAGAGGACAAGAAACUACAAGAACCGCAGGCACAUCCGAUGGAAAAUAAAGUUUUUGUUUGGAACGCUAUGCCAGAUUCGAUUGGCAAUGAACGCAAAAUUAAUGACUUUAAACAUGAACAAGAUUGUUAUAUGCCACAACCAGAAGUCGAAAAGAAAAAACUGCCCGAUAAAUCUUACGUUGGUGUUGAGUUGAAACCAGGAUAUGGCACUAUGACAUCGGGUGAUGAAGCUGGAGACCCAAAGGACUUCAAUGUAACAGUCAUGAAAAAGGUGUUCAAGUGUCCUCACUGUACAUUCUGGGCUUCAACAGCAUCUCGAUUCCAUGUGCAUAUUGUUGGCCACUUAAACAAAAGACCAUUCCAGUGUUCGCUUUGCUAUUACAGUUCCAAUUGGCGCUGGGAUAUAACGAAACACAUCCGCCUCAAAACUCUGAGAGAUCCGACACACGAAAAGGCCAAGGUCUUGCUGACAGAUGAAACAGGAAGGAGAAAUUAUUCAAAAUACAACAAAUACCUUACAACGAUGCAUAUGGCUUCAACUAGUAGUGUCAAACCUUUGAGGAAAAUUUUACCAAAAGACCAUCAUAACCAAGAACAGGUACAAUACGGCUUGAAGAGGUCAUCGACAGAACACAGGGAUUUAGAGCACGAACAGCCAAAGAAGAAACCCCACCUUGAAAACAAAAAGACUAUGUGGAAAUGUAAAAAAUGUUAUUUCAGGGAUAGUGAUAGAACUGUUGUCCUUGCUCAUGUGAGGGAACAUUAUAGGACUCAGGCAGAUGGUUACACAAAGGAUCAUCAUCAGAAUGAUGAUACAACAAACUCUAUGGGGCCACAAUCGGAUGACGAGCAAAACAACAUUCCUUGUUCUGAUUAUAUGUGUGAAACUUGCCCAUUUGUAUGCGAUUCUUGGAUGGAAUUAGAGGCACACGCAGAGAAACAUUUCGUCAACCAGGAAGGAAGCAAAUUCAAAUGCCAAUUCUGCAAGUUUUUUGCUCAGGACAAGGAGGAGUUGAUGGAACAUCUGGAUUUCCAUGGAGAGAAUGAAAAUAGUUCAGAUGCAAAGAACAUCAUAUUUUCUUGUACCCAAUGUCCAUAUGUUGCAACUAGUCGAGCACAACUUUCCUACCACACAAAAGGACAUUCAAAAGAUUGUAAUUACCAGCAUAAAUGUCAUAAAUGUUCUUACAGCGCUCCAAACAACACGAUUCUCGCACUCCAUGUCCGUCUCCAUUGUAAAUAUUCCGGAGAAAAUAAUGAACAGUCAAAACAACCUGAUGAGACCGAAGCCGAUAUCAGUGGAGUCGAUACGUCUAAAUUCCAAGAUAUACCAAUGGUUUGGGUAUCACGGCCGAUGGGAAUUUCGAAAUUGUUCAAGUGUAGGUAUUGCCCUCAUAUAAAUAUGAGAAAGAACAACAUCCAAGAUCACGAGAAAAUGCACAAUGUGAGAGCGAAUUCUCAAACAAUGUCUCAAAUACACCCAUGUUCUAAAUGCAGUUAUGUGUGUAAUAAUGCCGGUGUCUUAUCUUCUCACAUUAAAGUACAUAUGGCGCAUUUUGGUCAAGUUGUAGGUGUCGUAGACCCUAGUAGGACAGAUAGCGAGCAAAUAGCUGAAAUGAAGGCAAAACUAGCACAAAAUAACACAAAAGAGUCACGUAAGCUACACAAUCAACAUCAAGAUGAAGUUGAGAAUGUGGAAAAAGAAAAAGAUGACAGGAUUCUUCAUUUUUGCCCUAUAUGUCCAGCAAGAUUCCUUUAUGCCAAAGAAAUGACAAUCCACAUGGGAUUCCAUGAACUGAAGUUACCAUUUAAAUGUCAGUCUUGUUCUUACACAGCAAGGCAGAAGCAACACCUUUUAGCUCAUCUUAAGGUACAUACAGAUGAAUACCAAGGGAGAACAAAUGUUUUGGUAGAAAAGUAUGAAGUUGCAGAAGACCAUCCUAGACCAAAAGCAGCGAUCAUUUUAAAUGAAAGUGAUAAAUCUGAAUCGAUAUGGGUUGUAGUUAGGCCUGAGGAAGAGGAGAAGAUCUCAGAACCCAAACCCAAAAAUUAUGCCUGUACCAAAUGUCCCGCAGAAUUUUUUAAAAGUGUUGCUUUAAAUUAUCAUAUGACUCUUCAUGGAGGACAAGGUCCACAUAAAUGUAAGAGCUGUGAUUAUGCUGUUAAAACAUAUGGAAAUCUAAUAAGACACGAAGCAGUCCACCAAAUUGAAAGGGGUAAUAAGCCCCAUAAAGGAAGAUACAGUGAUGUCCCUGCAUCAGGAACUGAAUUGUUUAAACAAAAGAACGAGGCAUUAGCUGCAGCCCAAAAAUCACCACCUAAACAACUGCAACCUACUCCUUUGAUCACUGAUCCCGAAUUUGGCGUUUUAAUACACGGAAGUCCAGAAUUUAUUUAUCCUACCUAUUAUAAAAAUGGCAAACUUAAAGAAAAGAGGUACAAAUGUCACAAAUGCCCUUCAGCAUUUGAGAAAAGAGAACAGUACAAAAUACAUUUAUCCCUGCACGGUUCUAAGCAGAGGUACAACUGUGAAAGAUGUGAUUAUUCUGUUAAAUAUUAUGCCAAUUACAGUCAACAUAUGAAAAAACAUGAUCAGAAUGAUGCCAGUCAAAAGGAGAAAAAGAACUGCAGCAGUGAUCGGAGUGAAGAUGCAGGUGAAGAGAUGGAAGUCAGCGAAAAUGAACAACCGUUGACUACACCCAUUAUUUUUGAAAGAAGCAGUAAGUCAUUAAAGUUGUCGGUUGCUGAUCAGCAAGCAAUGAUGUUGAUGCAACAGAGGAAUAUAGCCAAACCUGUAAAUGAAAAAGAAAUCAUCAGCCGCUGCCCUGAGUGCCCGUAUGCUAAUAACAGAAAGGACGGUGUUAAUAGUCAUAUACGAUGUCAUUCAGAUGCAAAAGGUGGUCAGUACACUUGUAAAUAUUGUAAUUAUAAUGUUCCUCAGCCUCACUUCCUUAGAGAGCACUUAAAAGUCCAUUUUAACCCAUUAAAAUACCUUAAGCCUGAAGCGUACAUGAAAGUGGAUAAACUUGAGAUUUGGGCUGAACCUCUAGACCCAAAUCACAAUUUCAACAAAUUUAUGGUUUUUAAAGAUCAAGGGGAAAAUUUUAAUAGAAAAGACAGAUUUCUUCCCAAAAGAGAGAUCGAUUUCGAGGGCAUUAAAGGACGCGUGUACAUAAAUUUAAAAACUGGUGAAGAAGAAGUCGAGUUGGAUGAUGAGGAGAAAGACGAUCAGUCUGAUAUAUCAAAACAUGAAAACAUUUUAAACAGCAGCAAUGAAGAAGAGGAAGAGGACGACUGUGAACACGAAAGUAGUGAGUUGCCAUUUGAAAAUGGGAUUAAAAGUGGAAAAGAUGAAGAAGAAAACAACCAAGAUGGUGAUGCACAUAAUGUAGAAAUUACUGUCAAUGUUGGUUCUAAUAAUUUAGAUAUGGAAAAGAGAAAAGCGAAUCACAAUUUAUGCAAUUCAGAUAGUGAAGACAGCUGUGAUUCCUCUGCUAGCUAUUCUUCUUGCUCGCAGUUAACAAAUGGAACCAAUAAUCAAGACUGAAAACUGUUACCCUGAGACAUAAUUUCAUCUCAGUUCUAUUAUCAAUGUUUUCUUAUUUUAUCUAUGUGUAUACUGGAUUAUAUUUAUUAUUAAGUCUUGUUGAUCUAAAUAAAUAUUUAGUUACCAUAUUGGUUUACAAAAGCGUUUAUAGUAACGUAGUUAGGUAUACAUAUUUUUUUAGUCAUUAACUACAGUAUUAGUUUUAUUUUUAAAUGUUCAACCAUUCCUAAAAGUAAUGUUUCAAAAAUCUCUAAAUGGAGUUAUUGAUGUAUAAAUUGUAUGUAUCUCAAUGUUCAUAACUUACAAAUUUUAAUGAGAAUGUAAAUAAAAGUGUUAAAGUUUGCACUAUUAA